AUGACGUCCCAGGUGUGCCAGAAUUUCCAUCCCGAGUGUGAAGCCGCUGUGAACCAGCUGAUCAACUUGGAACUCUGUGCUAGCUAUGUCUACCUCUCUAUGGCCUCUCACUUUGACCGUGAUGAUGUCGCCUUGAGCCACAUGGCCAAGUUCUUCAGGGAGCAGUCCCAGGAAGAGAGGGAGCAUGCUGAGAAGUUCCUGAGAUACCAGAACAAGCGAGGGGGUCGCAUUGUGCUCAACGACAUCAAGAAGCCUGACCAGGACGAGUGGGGCAACAGCUUGGAAGCCUUGCAGAAAGCUUUGCAGCUGGAGAAGAGCGUGAAUCAAGCUCUUCUGGACAUGCACAAGCUGGCAACAGAGAAGCGUGACCCCCAUCUGUGUGACUUCCUGGAGUCUGAAUACCUGGAGGAGCAAGUCAAGGCCAUCAAGAGGCUGGGAGACCACAUCACCAACCUGAAGCGCCUGGACGUGCCCCAGAAAGGAAUGGGGGAGUACCUGUUCGACAAGCUCACCUUGGGUGAGAGCAGCUGAGCUCUUCAGGCCGAGCCUUCCUUGCAUGUGUUUCUAGAGACAAAAAA